CCGGCUCCGCGCCGGGCUUCACUGCGAGCGGAGCGCGAGCGAGCGGAGGACGUCGCGGGCAGCCCAGCCGCCAGCAUGACGACCGAGCAGCGGCGGAACCUGCACACCUUCGGGGACUAUGUCAGGAAGAUCCUGGACCCUACCUACAUCCUGAGCUACAUGGCCCCCUGGUUUAGGGACGAUGAGGUGCAGCACAUUCAGGCUGAGAAAAACAACAAGGGCCCGAUGGAGGCUGCCUCACUUUUUCUGCAGUUCUUACUGGAGCUCCAGGAGGAAGGCUGGUUCCGUGCCUUUUUGGAUGCCCUUAACCAAGCAGGUUAUUCUGGACUUUAUGAAGCCAUUGAAAGUUGGGAUUUCCAAAAAAUCGAAAAGUUGGAGGAGUAUAGAUCACUUUUAAGGCGUUUACAACCAGAAUUUAAAACCACGAUUAAUCCAAAAGAUAUCCUUCCUGAAAUAUCUGAAUGUUUAAUUAGUCAGGAAUGUGAAGAAAUUAUGCAGGUUUGUUCCAACAAGGGGCUGAUGGCAGGUGCAGAGAAAAUGGUGGAAUGUCUUCUCAGAUCAGACAAGGAGAACUGGCCCAAAACUUUGAAACUUGCUUUGGAGAAAGAAGAGAGCAAGUUCAGUGAACUGUGGAUGGUGGAGAAUGGUGCAAAAGGUGUUGAAAUGAAAGAUCUUGAGGAUGAUGAAAUGAAGACUUUCGAUGUACAGAUUUUCUACAAGGAAGAACCAGAAAACCAGAAUCUUAGUCAGAAUUCUCAUCCCUCUUCAGAAGCGCCUCAUAUUUACAGCCCAGUGAAGCCAAGAAAUUACCAACUAGAGCUCGCUUUACCUGCUCAGAAAGGAAAAAACACAAUAAUAUGUGCUCCUACUGGUUGUGGAAAAACCUUUGUUUCACUUCUUAUCUGUGAACAUCAUCUUAAAAAAUUUCCACAAGGACAAAAGGGGAAAGUUGUCUUUUUUGCUGUUCAGCUCCCGGUGUAUGAGCAGCAGAAGUCUGUGUUCUCACAACAUUUUGAAAGACUUGGGUACAAAGUUGCAGGCAUUUCUGGAGCAACAUCUGACAAUGUCUCCGUGGAACAGAUUGUUGAGAACAAUGACAUCAUCAUUUUAACUCCACAGAUUCUUGUGAACAGUCUUAAAAAUGGCACUGUUCCAUCACUCUCUGUGUUUACUUUGAUGAUAUUUGAUGAAUGCCACAACACCAGUAAACACCAUCCUUACAACAUGAUCAUGUUCAAUUAUCUAGAUCAGAAACUUGGCGGAUCUUCAGACUCACUGCCCCAGGUAUCUCCAAAGUCAGAUGAGCUCUGGAGUCGCUUCAGGGGUUUUGAAUAUUUGUUUUAUCAUUCAGCCGACCUGCCUGUGAGCUUGGGGCCUCAGGUUUCAGAGGAAGUAAGAAAGGCAGAGAGAGGCUUGGAGAGGCCUGCUUUGAACUGCAUAUUCUCCCUGAAAAAUACUCACUUUCCUUUGAUGGCUGUAGUUUUCAGGAAAGUGAAAUCACGGACUGCCAACAGAUUUAAAAGCGUCAUAUCUCAGCUGAUGUUGGAGACCGAGGGUCUGGCAAAGAGUAUCUUUGAAGAGCUUGGUACCAUAAGUCUCGAAAACUUAUUUCAUGUUCAAAAUAGGGAGUUUGGAACACAGAAAUAUGAACAGUGGAUUAUUGCUGUUCAGAAAGUGUGCAUGUUGUUUCAGAUGCCAGACAAAGAUGAAGAGAGCAGGAUUUGUCAAGCACUGUUUCUGUACACAUCACAUUUGCGGAGAUACAAUGAUGCCCUCAUUAUCAGUGAACAUGCACGCGUAAAAGAUGCUCUAGAUUACUUGAAAGACUUCUUCACAAAUGUCCGAGCAGCAGGAUUUGAUGAGAUCGAGCAAGAUCUCACUCGGAGAUUUGAAGAAAAGCUGCAGGAACUAGAAAGUAUUUCGAUGGAUCCCAGCAACGAGAACCCUAAACUCGAAGACCUCUGCUUCAUCUUGAAAGAGGAGUACCACAUAAAUCCAGAGACCAGAACCAUCCUCUUUGUGAAAACCAGGGCUCUUGUGGAUGUAAGCUUCUACCUCCUGUGGAUAACAAAUUGGCCUAGUACCAUUUUAUUAAAAAGACAGUCCUUUCCUCACUGCUUUGCAAUCAAGCAUCCAUAUAUGUGUGGGGUGUCUCAUGAGGCUGCAUUCAAGGUGUUGGCCACGGCUGCGGUCAGCUCAGGGCUUGACUUACAUGGCUUUUGGCCGGCCGCAGAAGAUGUGCUUGGCUCACUCACAGGGGCCUCUCCACAGGCCGGCCUCACAGCCUGGUGGCUGGCUUUCCUAAACUUUCUAAAACCUGGCAUAUUGACUGGACGUGGCAAAACAAGUCAGAACACAGGAAUGACCCUCCUAGCGCAGAAGUGUGUAUUGGAUACAUUCAGAACCAACGGAGAUAACAAAAUUCUGAUCGCCACCUCGGUUGCUGAUGAAGGCAUCGACAUUGCUCAGUGCAAUCUGGUCAUCCUGUAUGAGUAUGUGGGCAACGUCAUCAAAAUGAUCCAAACCAGAGGCAGAGGAAGAGCAAGAGGGAGCAAGUGCUUCCUUCUGACCAGUAAUGAUGAUGUAAUUGAAAAAGAAAAAAUAAACAUAUACAAAGAAAAAAUGAUGAAUGACUCCAUUGUAAAUGUGCAGACAUGGGAUGAAGCAGCAUUUAAAGAAAAGAUUCACCAGAUACAGAUUCAUGAAAAGUUCAUCAGGGAUAAUCAAGGAAAAGCAAUGCCUGUGCCUGAUAAGAAAAAUAAAAAACUGCUCUGCAGAAAAUGCAAAGCCUUUGCAUGUUAUACAGCUGAUAUAAGAGUGGUGGAGGCAUGCCAUUUCACCGUGAUUGGAGAUGCUUUCAGGGAGCGCUUUGUGAGUAAGUUACACCCCAGACCGAAGAACUAUGGGAGUUUUGAGAAGAAAGCAAAAAUAUUCUGUGCCAGGCCGAACUGUAGCCAUGACUGGGGAAUCCACGUGAGGUAUAGGGCAUUUGAGAUUCCAGUUAUAAAAAUUGAAAGUUUUGUGGUGGAGGAUGUUGAAACAGGAGUUCAGACACUCUAUGCAAGGUGGAGGGACUUUCAUUUUGAGAAGAUACCGUUUGAUGCUGCAGAAAUGUCCAGAUGUGCUCAGGACCUCAGUCUUCAGGGAAUGGGUGAUCUGGAGUAAAGAAGAAACUAGACCCAGCAGGUAAAUCAUGGCUCACCUGGACCACUGUCAAGAUCUCUUGCCUAAAGGCUUGUUCCGUCCUGAGUGUCUAUCACGUACGUAACUGCUGUUGUUUUCAGCAGUUUGCACGCUAUCAUUAUGUAAAGCAUGGGUCAAUGGAUCACAACACUAAAUGCUCUGUAGGCCAGCAGCGCUCCCAGCACUUGGGAAAAACAAAAAAGCCUUAACGUGUUUCUCUCCUUCCCUUCCCUUCCCUGCCAGCGUACACCCAUGACCACUCAGCACACACUAGAAUACAUGGAUGAGGGCAUG